AAGAGUAGGGGUGCAUUCAUGGGAGAGUCAGUUUUGACCGGCAGCCGAGCAGGUCGCGUCUCCACUCUGCCCCUGAGCAACUUUGACAGAAGGGAAAGUUUCUCUAUCAGGAUUUUUAACCUUCCGCUGCAGCCCGCCAUGGAAGUUUUACUGGACACUUGUGGACGACAGAACGUCAAAUCUCUGCUUUUACUAACGUUAUGCCUCUUUUUAUGGAAGGCAGCAGCCGACUGUCCUAGACCGGAGGGAGGGGAUAAUACUGUCUUAACAGAUGAAGCUCUUCUAAUGAAUUCUUUUGAGGAAGGUAUAGAAAUCACUUUAGAGUGUGCUAACGGAUAUGAAAAAGAAAGUGGCUCUGGGAGUAUGAGCUGCAUUAGUGGACAUUGGUCUGAACCAGAUCUCACCUGCAAAAAGAAGGACUGUGGUCUACCUAAGGCUCAGCCGCAUAUGAGCUUUGAUACCAGCGGGGGUACCCUGUUUGGUGCUGUAAUAAGAGUAAUUUGUGAUGAAGGUUACCAGAUUAGUGGACCAAGCUACAAACAGUGCUUUGCCGGGGGGUGGACUGGAAAACCCAAGUGUGAAAUCAUAACAUGUGAGAAACCUGGUAAUGUGACCAAUGGCGCACACUUAUGGGAAGCUGAACGUGACCCAAAAUAUCAAGAGAUCAUACAGUAUGUCUGCAAUGAUGGAUACACCCUCAUUGGGAGUGACCGUAUAAUGUGCAGCGAAACUGGUGAAUAUGAUCCUCAGCCUCCUGAAUGCAAAGAAAACGUAUUCAUCAGUGUGACAACAGAAGAUAGGAUUACCACACACGUGGUAACACCAACUCCUACACCUCCAACACAAGAAGCAUCCACUACCACAGAGGCACCUCACAGAGAUAAAACUAUCGCAGCCAGUACUGUCUCACCUUCAGCACGAGGUGGCAAAGACAUUAUGACAGCUGAGGAUAAAUCUACCAAAACCAGCAUAACAUCAUCAACACCUUCAACAUUUCCAGAUCUUGAAAAGCAUGAUACAGCUGUAGAUGCCAACAAGAACACUGAUUAUGCACCUGUUAUAAUCAGUGUGAUAGCUGUUGUAACAGUUGUAACCAUAUUCGUGUUCGUUAUUCAUAAAUUUUUCCUGAGGAGAAAAGGCUCAUAUGACACCGGAGAAGACCUGAAGCCGGAGUUAUUACAGUUCCAAAAUCCUUAGCUUGCCUGCCUCAAUAAGCUGUACAGUUGGAAACUCGCCUAUCUAAUAAAGAGCAUCUGUGACCCAGGACGGACAUGCCAACAAACUGUAGCAGUGCCUCUCUGGGUGGAUGAAAAAAAGAAGAGAAGUCACUUAAAUAUUAUUGCGCUUCAUAUAGCAAAAAAAAAAAAAUUUAAAUGGUCAAUUGUCAUAAUGAAUAUCCACUGUUGAAAAGCACUUUUUGUUAUGAUAUUUUUACUGCCGCAUUAUUUUAAACAAAUAAUUGUAAAUAUUUAAUACCACUGAUGUAUUUCUAUUUUGUACAUUAUUUAUUAUAAAAACUGGAAUAAACAGUUUUAUAUUGCC